AUCCGGGCGUGAGGCGUGUUCUUUCGCUUCUUGGUCCGGUGGACUUAGCAGGUAUGAAGAUCACGAGGCAGAAACACGCCAAGAAACAUCUCGGCUUCUUCCGCAACAAUUUCGGAGUUCGCGAGCCGUACCAGAUAUUGCUAGACGGCACCUUCUGUCAGGCGGCGCUGCGGGGCCGCAUCCAGCUGCGGGAGCAGCUGCCCCGCUACCUCAUGGGGGAGACGCAGCUGUGUACCACCAGGUGUGUGUUAAAGGAGUUGGAAACGUUGGGAAAGGACUUAUAUGGGGCAAAAUUGAUUGCACAAAAAUGCCAAGUUCGAAAUUGUCCCCAUCUCAAGGAUGCAGUGAGUGGAUCAGAAUGCCUGCUUUCCAUGGUUGAAGAGGGAAAUUCUCAUCAUUAUUUUGUGGCAACACAGGAUCAAAAUUUGUCUGUGAAAGUAAAGAAAAAGCCCGGAGUUCCUCUCAUGUUUAUUAUUCAGAACACUAUAGUCUUGGACAAACCUUCUCCCAGAACAAUUGCCUUUGUUAAAGCAGUGGAGGCUGGUCAGCUUGUCUCCGGGCAUGAGAAACAAAAUAUCAAACAACUCAAAGAAGAACAGGGUUUAGUACAAAACCCUGAACAGGGAAGAAGAAAGAAGCGCAAAAAAGUAAGUGGCCCCAAUCCUCUUAGCUGUUUGAAGAAAAAGAAGAAAACACGGGACACAAAACCACCUUCUGCAUCUGAAAAAAAAAGAAAAAGAAAAAGAAUCCGGAACAGAUCUACCUCAGAGGUACUUUCUGAAAAACAGAAUGCAGAAGGAUAAUGGCUCCCUUGGAUACUUUAAAAGACUUUUACAUGUGAAAACAUAAAAAUUUAUUUAAAAUUGUGGAAGUACUUACAAUAAACGACUAAACUUAUUUUUGUAAAUGGGCACAGACCCAUAAGCCUCUGCCUAAAAUUAUCUGUAAAAUAAAAAGAGUGAAUGGGUUCAGGUGCGGUAGUGUUAACUUUCUUACCGAGUGGUUUUGGGAUAUUGUUUUUCAAGGUAAAACUAUUAUCUCUUCCCUUUCCCCCCAACAGAAAAAUUAUAUGCAAACAGUUUUGAAGAAAUCAAAUAGUAAUGAAAGGCUUGUUCCCCAAAAAGAGGGCAGUCCCUCUUUCAUACUCACACAAGAAACCUCUUUCAACUCAUAGCUAUUCUCGAAUUUAUAGUUCUAAUAACAGGAAUAUACUUCUCUCUAUUGAUCCUUCCAUCAUCUUUUGACUUCCUACUAGGAAAAAUGGAAAUAUUUGCUUACUUACACUCCUCCGAUUCUCUCAGUGUGUUAAUAUUUAAGUCUAUACAUCCUAAACUCAGUUUUUCAUUAUGACUAUAAACAUUGUUCACUGCUGAACCAGGUAGUAUACUAUGAUUAAAUUUAUUUCUUACCCUACUUUAUUACUCCUGAAUUUAAUACUGGCCUCAUUUUAAGCAUCUUAGCCUUGCCACAUUCUUCGAUAACUGAAGGAUCUCACAAUAUAGUUUUUCCUAUGGUCAUAGCCAUCAGAUAAUACAGGUCAUUUUUCACCCUGGAGAUAAUUCUAGAGCCUCUGACAUCCUCCAAUACAGAAAGGUUUUGUAGCUAAAUUGGUCUAAGGGUCAAUUAAGAAUUGAAUAAUCAAACUUGUUUUCAGCUGCUGCUUUUAAUCAUCAGGCCAAAAUUAAAAUGUUUUUGCACUGUUAAGACUGAAAUAUAAAGUUGUUUCAAAAGUGAAAUCUCUGAUCAGUAGCUCCUGAUUGAAGCUUCCAUGACAUCUUAGAGCAGUGGUUCGUAAUCUAUCAUAGCGUCGUUACGAAGCGCAUCAUGAAUAAGUUCUUACGACUUUUCUUAAAUGUGAGACAAUUCAAAUUUAUUCCUACAGAAAUACCAUGCUCUGUUGAAUUCAGAGGUGCUUCUUUGAUAGAAAGUGGAAUGAUAGCUUUAACUACAAUGGGGAAUAACAGACUGUAUUAUCUGGCAAGCCUGAGUGGUGUUUGUAAUUUCAUGAUUCCGUUUUAAGUUCUUAACAGUAGGAACAUUUUUAAUAAAAGCUAUUGAAAAAAGUGUGACUAAUCCAUCUGUAAUUCCCAUGAGUGAGGAUAACGUUUGUUAAUAAGCACAGGUUAGUUACCAAAUCAAAUGUAGACAGCAAUGAAGCAGGUGGAAUGUACCCCGAUGGUAUUCAUUUUAACAUUUUGAAAUGCAUAAAUUUUAGUCAAAAUUACAAUGUAUUAGAAAGUAUACUAUUUUAAAUCCUAAAACUGAUUUGCCAUUUGCUUUUUGUUAGGUUAUUUUAAAAGAUUUUCAAAGAAAACAAUCUCACCAUAUCCUUGUACAAUUCUCUUGUGAAUAUUACCCUUACACCUCCUCUCCCAAAUCUACUUCAAUCCCUAGUACUA